UCGUGACUCCAGGAGUUUUAUUCUCCAAAUAAGAUUUGAGAUUUCCCUUUCUCACUCUCUCAACGUUCUCCCGCUCGUCCUUCAAUAGUUUUCCCCCAAAAGUUUUAUUCAAGAACUGAGGCUUUACCAAUUCGAAUCCCUAAUUCCUGAUCACCUUGGCAUCGGCUAUGAAUCAAUUGCAAAAUUCACGUAAUUGAACAUCUCAAUCAAGAAGAAGAGACAAGAAUGGUGGUAGCAAUGGCGGCUGGUUCUGUAGAAAGAAUUCGAAGUCUUAUAGACUCAGUUACUUUCGCUGCUGAUACACCUUCAAAGCUCGAUAACUUGCAUCAACUAAAGGAGGAAUUGUUGCGCGUAGCAGAUAAUACUACUGUUGAUUUCUCUGAUUUCCUCCCUUGUUUGUUGAAGCUUCUCUCGGAUUGUUUUAGCCCGGUUCGCAAAUGCAUUACCGAGGUAAUUGGUGAAAUUGGGUUGAGGCAUUUGGAGGUUUUACCUGAAACGACACCUGCACUGUUGACUGUUGUGGAUGAUGAUACUCCAGCAGUGGCUCGGCAAGCUAUCACAUCUGGCACUAAUAUAUUUUGCUGUACCCUGGAGAAAAUAGCGAUACAGGGACUGCAAGCAAGCAAGCUGGAUGAUUCACUUGAGUCAGCAUGGGAGUGGAUGCUGAAGUUGAAGGAAAAGAUAUGCUCAAUAGCUUUCGAGUCUGAAAGUGAUGGCAAGCGAUUAUUGGCUUUGAAAUUUGUUGCAGCCAUCAUUCUUAUUUAUACCCCUGACCCCAAUGGCAAUACUGAGCUGCCACCUCAUUUAAUCGGCGAUGCUGCAGUUAAGGAAGUAGGGUUCAAUAUCUCAUGUGUUCGUAAAGGGCAUCCUAUACUGAAGCUUGGAGAUCUGUCUAUUGAAGCCAGUCAAAGCUUGAGAUUAUUGCUUGAUCAGCUUCGCCUCCCCAUUGUGAAAACACUUAGCACCUCCAUGGUGGUUGUUCUCAUUAAUUGUUUGUCAGCCAUUGCCGUGAAGAGGCCAUCCUUUUAUGGACGAAUUCUUCCAGUCCUUCUGGGUCUUGAUCCUUCAAAUUCUGUUAUCAAGGGGUUGCAUGCUUAUGGAGUCCAAAAUGCUUUAAAAAAUGCAUUUCUCUCUUGCUUGAAGUGUGCAUACCCAAGUGCUACCCCGUGGCGGGAUCGCUUAGUUGGUGCGCUGAGGGAAAUGAAUGCUGGGUAUUUGGCAGAAAAAGCCCUUGAAGGCGUAUGCAGUAUCAAUGGAAAUGUGAAGGAAGAAAAGGUUCAGUUUGUUGCUGUUAAGGAGGAGCAGUCACUUGAAGAUCCAGUGCAUACUAAGGUGGGUAGAAAAAGAACCAGUGAUCUGGAAGUUGGUGACAGGAAUGAAGAUGAUGACACACCUGGAAAACGUGCCCGAUCUAUGCGCAGCGUAUCAGAAGAUCUGAGUGAUAAGUCAGACGCUCUUCAUACUGAUACCGAAGUCAAGUCUGAAACAACUAGUGGGGCAAAUACAUCAAAAGAAGAUGAUUUGGGGCCUGUGCAGCAACUUAUAGGGCUAUUUGGUGCCUUGGUUGCACAAGGUGAAAAGGCUGCUGCAUCUUUGGAGAUACUUAUAUCAGGUAUCUCUGCUGACUUACUUGCGGAAGUGGUUAUAGCUAACCUGAAAAACCUUCCUUCUACUUGCCCAAAGGCUGAGGGGGAUGAAGAACUUCAAGCAAGUAUGGCUUUGCAUCACAACACAGUUGAUACUCCCUUCGAACAACUUUCAUCAUUUUUUACGAAUGCCCUUCAAUGUGGCAAUUCCGAGCACAUAUCCUCAGCAGCAGUUAUCGAACCGUCAGAGUUAUAUGACAUUGAGCUUCCGCUUCCAGAAGAAUCUCUUGCUAUGGAUGUUGCUGAUAACAAUGUGACAUAUACUACCUCAAAAAAAUCGACCGAGCUUAUCGAUUCAGAUAUGCCAUGUGCUUCCGCUUCUGGUAAUCUUUUGGACGCACCCAAGGGGUCAGCGGUUUGUGCGUUUCAAGAUAUGGGACCUUCAGAUACUGGCAUUCCAGGCUUGGAUAAUGCUUGUAGUGAGGGAUUGCUGGAUACUGUUGCUUCUUCGUCAUUGGCAUCUACAGAUCGGGAUGAUGGCAGCCAAGAUCAAGCUACCAGUGUUGGGAAAAGGUCUAAAGCAGAAUCACUUCCAUCAAUCUCAACUGAGAAGUCUGAGGAACUUAGCUCUAAAACUGCUGCAGCAGAUGCAAACAUAGGGAUGGCCUCCACAGCGAGUUCUCUUGGGCCAGUUCACCAGUUUGUCUUGCCUAAGAUUUCAGCGCCCGUGAUAGAACUUUCUGGCGAAGACAAGGAUAAGCUUCAAAAGCUGGUAUUUUUGCGCAUUGUGGAAGCAUACAAGCAGGUUGCUGUCUCUGGAGGUUCACAGCUUCGGUUCUCUUUACUUUCUUAUUUGGGAGUUGAGCUCUCAUUGGACCUUGACCUUUGGACAUGUCUACAGACGCACAUAUUGUCAGAUUACGUAAAUCAUGAGGGGCAUGAGUUGACGUUGCGUGUCCUCUACCGGUUGUAUGGGGAGGCGGAAGAAGAGCGUGACUUUUUUUCUUCCACAACUGCUACUUCUGUGUAUGAAACGUUUCUUCUAAAACUGGCAGAAACAUUAAGAGAUUCUUUUCCGCCAUCAGACAAAUCUUUAAGCAGGUUGUUCAGUGAAGUUCCAUAUCUGCCCAAAUCGAGUCUUAAAUUAUUGGAAUGCUUAUGUUCUCCUGAGAUUGGAGAUAAAGACGACAAAGAAUUGCAUAACGGAGAUCGGGUAACCCAAGGUCUCAGUGCUGUGUGGAGCUUGAUAUUGCUGAGGCCAACUCUGCGUGAUGUGCUGUUGAAAAUUGCUUUGCAGAGUGCAGUACAUCAUCUGGAUGAAGUUCGUAUGAAGGCAAUACGUCUGGUUGCAAAUAAAUUGUAUCCUAUACCAUCAAUCGCCCUGCAAAUAGAAGAAUUUGCAAAGGAGAAGCUGCUUUCUGUGGAUAAUACCCGUAGUGCAGAUGCUGCAGACACUGAUAAAUCCAGUAUUCAACCGGAAAAGAGUCUUGAAAUAACGCUGUUUGCUAAAGACCAAGCGACAGGGGAAACAACGGCUGUGGACUCCUCUGCUCAUAAUUCCCAGCCACAUGCACCUGGAGUUGUUGCAGAUACUUCUGUAUCUGAAGCACAACAAUGCAUGUCACUGUAUUUUGCCCUAUGUACAAAGAAACAUGCCCUUCUUCGUCAAAUAUUUGUCAUCUAUAAAAGCUCACCGGAGUCUGUGAAACAGGCAAUUCAUAGCCAUAUGCCCAUUCUUAUUCGAACAAUGGGUGCAUCACCACCCCUUCUUGAGAUUAUCUCUGAUCCACCUGAUGGAAGUGAGAAUCUUCUGAUGCAGGUUUUGAAUAUUCUUACAGAUGGUAGAGUUCCAUCUACAGAAUUGAUAUUUACGAUUAAGAAACUUUAUGAGACAAAGAUAAAGGAUAUCGAGAUUCUGUUUCCAAUAUUGCCCUUCCUGCCAAAAGAGGAGGUGUUGAGGGUCUUCCCUCAUGCUGUUAAUGUCACCCAAGACAAGUUCCAGGCUGCUCUUGCACGCUUGCUACAGGGGUCAACUCCUAGUCCUGUGCUAACUCCGGCAGAAGUGUUAAUUGCCAUCCACAGCAUAGAUCCUGAUAAAGAUGGAAUCCCUUUGAAGAAGGUAACUGAUGCAUGUAAUGCUUGCUUUGAACAAAGGCAAAUGUUCACGCAGCAAGUAAUUGCCAAGGUUUUGAAUCAGCUGGUUGAACAGAUUCCUCUCCCAUUGUUGUUCAUGAGAACAGUACUGCAAGCAAUUGGGGCUUUUCCAGCUUUGGUGGACUUCAUAAUGGAGAUCCUCUCUCGACUUGUAAGCAAGCAGAUAUGGAAAUUCCCAAAGUUAUGGGUUGGUUUUCUCAAAUGUGCACAGUUAACGCAGCCUCAUUCUUUUCAUGUGUUGCUUCAGCUACCACAAGCUCAGCUUGAAAGUGCUCUGAAUAAAAUUCCAGCACUCAAAGCUCCUCUUGCUGGUCACGCAAACCAACAAAAUAUAAAAUCUACUCUCCCAAGGUCUGUACUUAUGGUACUUGGCAUCGCGUCUGAUUCUCAAGCUGGAAGUCAAUCGCAAUCGGGCCAACCUGAGGCUGGGGAUGCAGGCAGUUCUGACAAGGAUGCUGUCGCGGAGAAAAGUAAAGAAUCAUCUGGUGGAAGCUAGUGUAACUGGUGGAAAUUCAUAAACACUUGAGCUCGGAGACUAUCCAUCUGGUUUGUAUGAAGUGCUUAGCUAUUUUACGAAAAUGAGAGCCAAACCAUCUGGAGGUGCGUCAAAUGCAGCACGUGCAAGGACUCUGCAUAUUCUACAUAAAUAGGAAAAUAUGAGCGUCGUCAGAUUGGCAGAGUUUGUUUAUUGGAAGGGAUUUAACAUGCGGGAAAUUUUGUAUAUCAUGGUAAAUUGUUAAUAUCUCCAACAUAUCAGCUAUAGAAACUGAUGUCUGUUAUGACAUGGUCUAAACAACCACAGCAGGAUUGAAGAUGAUGGUUCCUUGCACCAACAUAUAUGAACCUUGUACGUGCAUUCAAUAUCUGUAUUUACAAUAAUUUAAUUGUGUCUAUCUUUCCAGUAACACAUCUACUACAGGAUGUUGGGAUCCAAACAACCUUUACUUAUAUACUCUUAUAACAUAUAAAUUGUAUUGUUUUUAGGGAAAUAUAAAUUGUAUUUAUAAUA